AAACCCUCCUUUUGAUGAUUAGCUUCACCUGCCAUUUUUCCAAUGUCCGAACAUAUAUUCAGAAGAGAUUAGAGUAUAUUUAGUUUCUCAUAUUUUGAGCUCCAUUCCUCACCAAACCCCUUUUGCUUCUCCUCUCUCAAGAUAAAGUAAGUAUUUGUUGCCGUUUGAGAAAGCUAGAGAUGGCUCAAGAAGGUCGAAACAUCGAUGAUCCGGUUGUUAUUGGAGAGGAAAAAGGUUUUGUGAAAUUGACUACACUAAACCGUCCUCGUCAGUUAAAUGUGAUCUCUUCGGAAGUGGUCCUCAAGCUUGCAGAGUAUCUCGAAAUGUGGGAGAAGGAUGAUGAAACAAAGCUUAUAUUGAUCAAGGGUGCAGGAAGAGCUUUCUCUGCCGGUGGUGAUCUAAAGAUGUUCUAUGACGGCCGGGAAUCAAAGGAUUCUUGCCUUGAGGUUGUUUACCGGAUGUACUGGCUUUGCUAUCAUAUCCACACAUACAAGAAGACUCAGGUUUCUCUUGUUAAUGGAAUAUCGAUGGGUGGAGGUGCAUCAUUGAUGGUUCCAAUGAAGUUCUCGGUUGUGACAGAGAAAACUGUUUUUGCAACUCCGGAAGCUAGUAUUGGGUUUCACACUGAUUGUGGGUUCUCCUACAUCCAUUCACGUCUUCCUGGUCAUUUAGGAGAAUUCUUGGCUUUAACUGGGGCAAGAUUGAACGGCAAAGAACUUGUAGCAAUUGGAAUGGCAACGCAUUUUGUACCUUCUGCUAAAUUGGCGGAUCUGGAGGCACGGCUUGUGAGUUUAGACUCUGGAGACAUGGAUGUAGUCCGCUGCACAAUUGAAGAGUUCUCCGAGAAAGUCAACCUGGACCAAGACAGCAUUCUUAACAAGCAGUCAGUAAUCAAUGAGUGUUUCUCAAAAGAAAGUGUGAAGCAGAUCAUACAAGCAUUUGAAGCUGAAGGGAGCAAAGAGGGAAAUGAUUGGAUAAAUCCAGUCAUCAAAGGUCUAAAGCGAUCGUCACCCACAGGGUUGAAGAUAACCCUUCGAUCGAUUCGUGAAGGUAGAAAACAAACACUGAGUGAUUGCCUCAAGAAGGAGUUUCGGAUCACCGUGAAUAUCUUGAGAAAGACCAUAUCGCCUGACGUGUAUGAGGGUAUUAGAGCUCUGACCAUAGACAAAGACAAUUCUCCAAAGUGGAAUCCAGCAACGUUAGAUGAGGUAGAUGAUGAGAAAAUCAACUUAGUGUUUAAGCCCUUGGAGGAUGAUAUUGAGCUCCAUGUCCCUGAAACAGAAGAAAACAGGUGGGGAGGGAAAUACGAGAAUUCAGGUUGUGCAUCAGUUCGAGGAUAGAAGAGUGCAGAACAGAGGAUAUGUUGUGUUCGUUUAAAUUGUUAAGACUUUAUCCAAAAAUUCUAAACUCCACGUUACAUGUUGGGGUAUUACAUAAUGUGUUGCUUCAGGUACACACUCCAUGCAGCGAUAAUUAAAUAAGGUUUUAUGUCUCAGUUUCAGUUUUUCA